AUGACUGUAAGUCCCUUUCAGCAGCACAUCUUUCCAACUGUAUUUACGGCGCGCGGCCGCCCCAGCUCCCGCUCAAGUCUGCGCUUCCAGGUUCAGUUUCAGGGUCUCGCCGGCAGCCCCGGCCGGCGGGCGCGGAGCCGGCAGCGGGGCCAGAACGGCAGGGUCCUCUGGGGGCCCCGGAGUUGGGAGGCGGCGUCCGGGAGCCCCCCGAGGAGGAUGGGCUGCGGACACAGCAGGCUGAGCUGCUGCAAACCCCCCAAAAAGAGGUGCCAAGGACCAGAUCAGCCUCCCAAACCAGAGCUGCAGGAACUGGGUCCCCUCAAUGGUGACACAGCCACAACUGUCCAUCUCUGUGCAUUGGAGGAGGUUGAGCAGCAUCAGAAAGCUAUCACCAGAAUUCUCCAGCAACACGAAGAGGACAAGAAGAAAUGGGCACAGAAGGUGGAGGAGAGGGAACUAGAGCUUGGAGAGAAACUGGAUGAACAGCGAAGAGUCCUGGAGGGAGAGCAUGCGGAGGCCCUGAGAGUCCUCCAGGCCUCCCAUGAGCAGGAUAAAGAAGCCCUUACCCACUCCUUCCAGGAGGCCAAGGUGGCCCUGCAGGAGACCACUGACAGACUGACCGCACAGCUGGAGGCCUUCCAGGCCAAGGUGAAGAGGGUAGAGGAGUCCAUACUGAGCCAAGACUACAAGAAGCACAUCCAGGAGUACGGGAGCCCCAGCCAGUUCUGGGAGCAGGAGCUGGAGAGCUUACACUUUGUCAUCGAGAUGAAGAACGAGCGAAUCCACGAGCUAGACAGGCGGCUGAUCCUCAUGGAGACAGUGAAAGAAAAAAACCUGCUGUUGGAGGAGAAGAUCACCACCCUGCAGCUGGAGAACGAGGACCUCCAUGCCCGAGGCCGCAACCAGAUGGCUGUGUCCAGGCAGCUCUCUGAGGACCUGCUUCUCGCCCGAGAGGCCCUGGAGAAGGAGUCGCAGUUACGCCGGCAGCUCCAGCAGGAGAAAGAGCAGCUGCUGUACCGGGUCCUCGGGGCCGCCACCUCCCCCGCCUUCCCGCUGGCCUCUCGCACCCCCACCGAGGCCUCCUUCCUCGCCACAUAGGGCCUGGACCACCGGGAUGCCGUGGUCACAGCUUUCUCUCAAGGACUUGGCAGAGAAAACAGCAGGGGCCUCUUGUCCCUAGGAGGGGACAAGGGUGGGAGUGAGAUGGGGAGCCGGGACAUGUGGCCAGUCAGCCCUGGGGGGCUUGGGCCACGCAGACUCGCCCACAGGGCUUCGGAGGCCCCUCAAGUUGGCGCAGGGGACAAGCAAGAGAAGCCCUUUCCUCCCUCCCCUUCUCUCUGUUCAGGUC